UCAACGCAGCAGUUUAUAUCAGCUGUUCCCGAAACAGUAAAUUGAAUCUCGUCUUCACCGCGCAAAAAAAACCUCUUGGCGCCGUAAAUUAAAAGAAAAGCUGCGCAUCAAAUGAUAAGAGUUUCCCGAGGCGUUAGUCAGCAGGAGAAGAGCGAUAAUUAAAUAGACGCAACUUUGACCAACAAGUCCGAUAAAAGCAAUCACAAUACAAAGGAUGUCCUGGGUUACUGCAGCACAGUGACAAUUUCCUACAGGGGCUGAGAAUUAGGGAAGUAUGUAAAGUGAAGCCGAUGGGUCAAGAGAAAAGCCCAGGGUGCUUAUUAUAAUGAAGGAGGAACUUGCUACAUCUCCUACAAUCUCCGGUAGCUGAUAUCACAGAAAAGGGAGCAGAAGCAAACCGUUGAGAGCCAGUGUUUGUCCAGUAACCGAACCCUCAACACCUGGAAGGAAGCAAUGCCAAUGGAUGAUGAAGCUGGGCCUGAGCAGCACACAGCAAAUGCUCAACAGGAGAACUCUGAGCCUAUGAGUGAGGAGAUGCUUCGCAAUGCCUAUCACCUUUCUCGGCUACGGAGCUCCUCAGUAGAAAUAAGGGAGAAAGGGUCCGAACGGCUGAAGGAGGAGCUGGCAAAGGCACAAAGGGAGUUGAAGUUGAAGGAUGAAGAAUGUGAGAAGCUGUCUAAGGUGCGGGAACAGUUGGAGCAGGAGCUGGAAGAGCUGACAGCUAGCCUCUUUGAGGAAGCACACAAGAUGGUGAGGGAAGCAAACACUAAACAAGCUACAGCUGAGAAGCAGCUUAAAGAAGCACAGGGGAAGAUUGAUGUACUACUGGCAGAGGUAACUGCAUUGAAGACACUUGUAAUUACAUCUACGCCAUCAUCUCCCAAUAGGGAGCUGCACCCACAGCUCCAGAGUCCCUCAAAAGCUGUCUUUAAGAAGGGCCAUGGUCGCAACAAAAGCAUGAGCAGUGCCAUCGUCACAGCAGCUACACAGAAUACACAGUUGCAGCCAAUUAAUAAGGAUGGUAGGGAGGCAGGGGUGCCUACUCUCCUGUCUCUGCUCCUCUGUAUCGUACCUGGGAGGGCGAUUUAUGUCACACCUGAGCCAUUUGAGCAUCUUUCCAAGUCAUCAUCGAUGCAGGAGCAUCAGAUCGACUUGAUUUUAUUUGAUGAGUUCCAGGCGUGGAAGGAGGAACCAACUCUGGAUAAGGCUUGCCCAUUCUUAGAAAGGAUUUACCAAGAAGACAUUGGUCCAUGUCUCUCGUUUGCCAAGCAUGAGUUGACAGAAGCAGUUCAGGCUGCUGUUGAGAGCAACACCUUGAAUAUUGAGCCGGCAGCAGUCCAAACAUUACCAGUGGUCAAGGCUUCAGCCAUAGAGUGUGGAGGACCAAAUGGGUGGCGGGCUGAAGUAGUGACGAAGUGUGCACUGAGUGGUCUGUCCAGAACCUGUAAACAUCGCAUCAAGUUGGGAGACUCAGGAAGUUAUUUCUACAUUUCACCAUCCUGCAGGACCAGGAUUACUGCUGUUUGCAACUUCUUUACAUAUAUCCGGUAUAUCCAACAAGGACUGGUCCGACAAGAUGUGGAACAGAUGUACUGGGAAGUUAUGAAGCUGAGGAAGGAGAUGUCAGUUGCUAAACUGGGAUAUUAUACUGAGGAGUCAUAGUCCCUAAGUUAGUGCCCCAGAUUCAGGACUAGGCUGCACAACUGUAUUUUGAGGGGCUAUUAAUUUCAAACAAUUGAUUUAAACAAUGGAGAAAAAAAAUGCCUUCUAUGAACAAGAACCCUUGCUUCCACUGAGAAAAAGAAUCAAAGAGCAAGUGUGGUAAUGUAUUCAGAAUUUAGUAUCUCCUAAGUUCUGGCCCUGGGUUGUAUUUUUAAACAAAAAUUGAUGCUGAAAGACUGUGAAUAUAUACAGGGUAACUUUUUAUUAUUUUUUAACCUGUAACUUUCUCUAUUCACAAUAGUCAAGAAUUUUAAGACUCCACAACUUUUUUAGACUCUAACAAACCACAGUGGCUUAAUUAUGUAACAUAGAGACAAAUAUUUAAAAGGAGAAUUAUCUGAAGGAAAGUAUUUAUUCCCUUCAAUGUAAAAAUAGUAGUGGAUUCCAUACUGCCCAGGAUGCUGGAUUCUGGCAUGAAUACUGACCAGCCGAUUAUAUCUGCAGUGAUGAGCUAAAUACCAGCUCAUGAAAAACCUGGAGGAGGGGCAGUUAAGAAAAUUGGAUUAACCAUUUCUACUGUUUCAUGCUAGUAGAGAUUAGCAUCAAUGGUAUAGCAGAGAAUUGUGCAGUAAAAGAUACAAGAAUUGCUGUGACACAAGAAACAAAAGAUUGAUAUGUGUUAAUUAAGUUCCUUGAAAGUGGCUAUCAUACAAGUCCAAGAUGUAGCAUCAAGCCCAGUGCAGCAAUGACCACUCCCCUCCUGUAACACUGACCCACUGGAUCUCUCUCUCCAUUACACUAACAGAUAUGCUCUCCAUGUCAUUAUGUUGCCUUUGUGCUCUCCUCAAUUAUACCGACAUAAUUGGAUACUCUCUCACCCUAAUUGUAGUAAUCCAGGCCGGUUUUCCUUCAUCUUGUCUUCGACCAGUGUAGAACACCUCUUGUUCAUAGGCCUGUCAGACUAAUCUAUUUUUCCUUGCAUCCACUCUCAGAAGCAAGGGUAAAGAGGGGAUGCAGGUAUUUUUAAAGAACAUGCAUCUUCUAAUUAUUAGUCAUGUCAAUGUCUCCUACUAUUUGACUAUCUGUUUGGAUCAGCCCUAAUUGGCAUCUGGUGGAUGGACCCUCACUUUAAAAAGCAGAUCUCAUAGUUUAAUAGAAAGCAUUUUUAAAGAGUUAGGAAUGUUGGGAUAGCUACAGCACUAUAACAUUUUCUUUUUCUAAAAAAAACUGCACCUUUCUAAUAUCAGGAUACAUCUCUCAGCUCUAUGUAAAUCCAAUUAAUUACUUAAAGUUUAGUGACUUAGGCAAACUAUAACAGAGCUGCUUUCAAACUUUCUCCACCAUUUUAAGUGUAACUAUUGCUUUUAUGGGUACAUCAGCAGUGUGGUGAAUAGGAUCCAAUAUCUAAGUUUGUUUGUUAAGAAUUAAUGUUAGACUUCCCUAUCACUGUCUCCAAUAGAAACAAAAUGGCCUGAUUAUUUUUUUGAAUGAUCACAAAACCACAUUUUUCUUUAAAAGGUGUGGAAGCUCUCCCAAUGAUUUUAAUGGUUGACAUGGCACUUGCUUGUUAGAUUGGGAAAGUCAGAAAAUGCUUAUAUAUCGAUGUUGGAAGUAGAUGUGAAGUUGUUGACUGAGUCUAUCACAUUUAAAUAGCCUGCGGAGUCACUAAAUUUACACUACAGGUGUAUCUUAUCUAUAUGAAUUUGGCUGUGUGUAAUGACAGUGCUAUUUGGAGGCUUUGCAUAUGACUGGAUAGUUCCAUUGUCAAUCAAGCCUAGUGAUAGCAUUCUUGCCAAAGAUUAAGAUUCAAUUGAAACAAUAUUCAUUUGUAAUUAUUCUCCACUCGCUGCAUUUCUGGCAAAAAUUGAUUAGAUUAGGAAUAGUUUCUUUUUAUAAAUUUAGUUUCCUCUACUUCUUAAAUAGACGGUUUACUGAGUAAAUUACUGUUGUUAACUGUACCAUCAAAUAAGUACUGUGAUCCCAAACAGAGGGCAUGUUCCACAUCCUACUAUUUGGCUGAUUAAAAAGUUACUAAUAGAGACGCUGUUUGAAAUGUAUAGGUCCCUCAGCAUCUGAACAGGCAUAGGUUUCUGAAAUGACUAUCUGAAAAAAUUGUGAUGACCAAGCAAAAAUCUGCAUCUUUCAUUCUUUUGGCUGACACAAUCCUGCAAGGGGUUUCUACAAUUCUUUUUUUUAUUCUUUAGGUCUCUGAUGCACAAAUGAUGGCCACUUGGAUGAAUGUUAGAGGGCUGCCAAAUUGUAGAGUUGUUACCUAACCAGAAUCUUUGGAAAAGGACUUAGGAAAAUUGAUUUUCAGGGAAAAAGAGGAAUUUGAUGUAUUAUUCAUAUUUUCUUUGGAAUUUUGUGUAGAGUUGAUCCCAGGCUAAUUCUGAGUUUAACAUUGUGCAUAAGGUAUUGCUGGUGAAUAUUGUGUUGAAUCUGUAUUAGAAAAGGAUGGGGGUGCUUUAGUUAACAGUAGCAUCAUGAAGGUUAAAAGUAACUUACUAGGGCAGCACAAUAGUACAGACCCUAGGUCAUGGAGAGGCAGACCUAAACCUGUCAAGGUUUCUGCCCAGCCUUGUUGAAAAUGGACAUUUGGAGAAGCUAGUGUAUAUAGUCAUUAUGAGGACAAGAUCAUGCUGCCAGUCAUGCCUUACACAAUCAAGUAGCCUGUAAGCAAUGAUAAAUAAUUAAUACCUGGGCCAGAUACCAGAAAACUACCUGUGUCCGUGCAAUUGUGUCUCAUCAAAAUGAACAACUUAAGGAGGCUAAGGGUGCGAGCCUGUGGGGGUUGUAGGAGUGAGGUUGGGGGAAGGGAAGGACUUUCGGUAGGUAGUGAAAGAAUUAAAAAUAUAUAAAUUUCACCACUGAAAGGUUGCAGUAACACACAAACGCCUCAGUCAGUUGGCAGACCCAGUUGCCUAUUAAUGCUAUAAAUCACUUUUGUUUUCAUGAGCUCCUGUAACUUCCUGUAUUUGUUGCUGUACUUUUACAGGAUUCUACUAUCUCAUCAUUGCCAUAUUGUGCUGUAGUCCCUCACUGAUGCUCAUUCUGGGGCAUCAGCAAAACCAAUUAUGGGAAUGUUCAUUCCACAAAACACUCCAUAUAUACAUGGGUCACUUUGUCCCAGUUAGUCUCUUUUUCCUUUCCCCAGUUAGUCUCUGUUAGUCUCUCUUCCCUUUCUGCUGUUUAAGAAAUACCACACCUCAACUUCUGUACUUUCAGGGCCCAAGCCUUGGUAUUAAAUGCAGAGAUUGGGCACACUUUUCACAGUCUGUCCAUUUCUCACAGAAUGGUUUCAUGAUCUGUCAAUCUGGAGAACAUAGUGUUCAUUUGUCUGUUCUUACAUCCUACUUUUCUGGGUGUACCAUUUUACUGGUAACCAGUCUCCUGAGCAAUAAGUGCUUUCAUGUUUGUUAGAUCUCCGUAUGUCUCUAUUUUGCAUAGACAUUGUCUGUGAUGCAUGGCAUCCUGAGAAUGGGAACCAGUAAUUUCCCAAGAGUCCCAGUGUAUCAUUCCUUUUCAUGUUUAAAAUGUAUUAGAGUAUUAUAAUCACUAAGGGAUGCCUUAUAAUUCAUCCAUUACUAUUAAAGGAGCAUUGUUAAAUGUUUGGCAAACCUUAAUGAAAAAUAAUUUAUGACAACUUUCUCCCCUUCUGUCUUAGAAGGGUGUGCUGUUUUGUGCUGGGAUCAACAGGUGCUUCAUUCAUCCUAGUCUUCAGUGAGUGCAAGCACCUUAUUUAAACAAGAUAUAUUUUAGCAGAUCCUGGUCCUCUAUUCAGUUGAUAUCCACUGUUGGAUUUUCCAACAGGGGGACUGGUCAGGAGCAAGAUUCCUGUCUUAUUUUUCCCUCUCCUAGCUGCAGUGCAAUAGGAUCCAUGACAGCACCCGCAAUGUAGAUCUAGAUUAAUUUAUGCAGACAAGGAAAAAAAUUCACCUUGUCAGUAUGGCUCAAUGUCGUAACAAGUGGAGACACUAAGCAGGGAAAUCUUUGUUUAGAAACAUGAGGAAUAAAUCACAUUAUUAUGUGAUAGCAUGGCAUUUGAGGUAUUGAUAUUGCAAAAUGAUGUGGCAUUCUCCUGACCCUUCCCCUCCAUCUCUUAGAAAAAAUAUUUGCCAAACAUUUUUCCGGAGUGAUAGUGCUCCUUUAAGGUGCAUGGUGCAUGUUUAUUUUUUUAAUUGACUUUUUCAGUUGUUAUUAAUUAAUUCCAGUGUUUGUGUUAUUGGGGAGCAACAAAUGUCUUUUUGCCAAAUGUAAUGCCUAUUGGAUGAAGGGAAUUCUCCUUUCUCUAAGCUUGGUUUGGACUGACUGCAUAUUUAUACAAAUGUCUAAUACAUUCUAUGGUGUAUCUAAAAAAAAUGAAUAAAAAUUGAUAAUUUGCUCCUUUGAAUAAACAAACUGAAGAUGAUGGGCACAAUAACGUAUUUUUAGCAUUUAAAUUAUAGACAGGAAUCUAAUAAAGGGCUUUGGAUAUUUUAUGCACAGAAUAAUGAAUACCUGAAAUGAAAUAGGAAUACAAGCAUCAAGGACAUGAAAAUGCUGUCUUCCUAUUGAAGUUCAUACCUCUGGUAUCCUAACCAACCUGUUAUAACAAAUCAAAAUAACCUGCCACCAAGCCAUAAUUCAAAGCAGAUUCCUCUGUUGUUCUGAUACAGAGAAGUUAAUUUUAACUCAGAUAGGGAGUGGGCAAUGGCAGAAUUACAGUCUGUGAGCACCAUCUACCACUCCACUGAUGGAUUCACUGGGUCACCAGGGUCUUCCAGAAUUGAGUGGGAGUUUCAAAAGUGUAUCCUUAUUGAGGCCCAGGUAUGUCAAUAAGAUCUCAAUCUAAUUCAUGGUAGUGUGUAUGCCAUUUAACAUUAUUCCCAAGUGAAUUGGGACAUUGAACAGGAAGCUUUACCAAGGAAAUAAAUUAUUUUUUUCCUGGUGCAUGAGUACAAAUUUGUAUUUGAACAAGAAAGUGGGCCAUUGCUCUUCCUGGGUCACCCUCUCAAUGAUGGCAUAGUCAGACUAAGAUAACCUGAUUCUGUUGGUUCAGAGCUGAAAAUUUGCACAGGGUUGAUAUUUGGGACAGGUAGCUUGCUGAUGAAAUGGCCUCCAAAUGGACUGGGCUUCCUGUGAGCAGGUAUUAAUCCACCAGUAGUUGUUUCCUUCUUGUGAUAUUUGCUGCUCAUUGACUAAGUUUCCUGCAGUGCCAGAAGGUGGAACUUUGUUCUUUGUUCUUUGCCUUGCGAAAAUCUUUACUACUAAGACUAAUAAACAAAUUUCUGACAAGAGACGAAUGCUACUAAGAGACCAGGUAGCCACCUGUGGGCCCAGCAGUGAAGUGAAUCCAUCGAAAGCUGUGGAUGUUGACAUGGAUUUAGAGGAAGAUCAUGUUGCUGACUCGCUGAUGAUGGCAAAGCAAAAGGCUAGCGUGACUAACAUCAGGCAGUUAUCCCAGGAUACGGGUGAUAACCUAAACCAGGUGGAACAUCUGCUUAGGAAUAGGAAAAAUAAAACUAAUUUUGCCAUGGGAGUCAGUCUGGUGGAGAGCAUCACUAGGGAUCUUGUCAGGCGCUUUAAGAGAAAGAGUGAAAGAACACAUCGUGAAAUAGAUAGUGCAAGGAUUGAUGAGAAAUCAUCAAACUCCAGAAAUAGAGACUAACAGCCCAGAAGAAGGCUGAAUAUAGAGCAGCCCAGAUUCUUUCUGAAAAAGACCGUAAGCGCCUCACGCGUCAAUUGAUGGGAGCACCAGUGCAGGGCGAAUGCCCCCUGACAAUUGAGGAAGUCUACCAAUGCUUCCAUGAGAAGCUGGGUACUGCAAAUAAUAGAGUGGACCUCAGGAAAUUGGAAGACCAUGAUGCUGACUUCGAUGAAGAGAACCUCCUCAGGAAGAUCGAGGGGACUGAGGUCAAAGAAGCUCUUAACAGAAUAAAGGAGGAGAGUACUGCAGGUCCAGGUGGAGUUAAAAAGAAGGACCUUAAAGAACUUUUGGCCAACGAUGAAGAUCUCCUGCCACAUCUUUUUACAUUGUGGCUCAGAUCAGGGACCAUACCUGAAUGUCUCAAGCAGAGUAGAACAGUGUUAAUCCCUAAGACGGACGAGAAAGAUCUUUUGAAGAACUUGGACAACUGGAGACUUAUUACAAUAGGCCCAAUGGUUCUUAGGUUGUUCACUAAGAUACUAGCAAAACGACUGAGUGAGUCUGUCAAGAUAAGUCAACGACAGAAGGGAUUCCUGUUAAACACUUCAGGUUGUAAUGAAAAUAUUACAAUCCUUAAAAAUAUCAAAGAGGGGAUCAAAGAGAGGUGGCAAAGAACUCUGUUCUUUUUGUGGACCUGGCAAAGGCAUUUGAUUCAAUAGGAGACAAAUUGAUUAUGAAAUCCUUACAGAGAGUGGGUGCGCCAAAGGUCUUUAUUGACCUAGUGAUAGAUCUGUAUAACAACACGUCAACAGUUGUUGAAGUUGGCGUGAAGAAAACUAAUAAAAUCGAGAUUAGGAGGGGGGUGAAGCAGGGCAAUCCCCUCUCGCCAAUUCUCUUUAAUAUUGCCAUGAACCCCCUUAUAAGUACAUUAGAACAUCGUGGUAAAGGAGUCGAGAUUAUAACACCCAGCGGAAGAUCAAGAUGCACGGUGCUUGCGUUUGCGGACGACAUGGCAAUCUUAAGUGACUCCUAUGAGGGUAUGGUUAGGAACAUCAGCAUAUUGAGUGACCUUUGCAGAGGUACCGGUCUGGAAGUCAACGUAAAAAAGACAAAGGGUUUUCACUUCAUUAGCAUGAGGAAGACGUUUGUGUACAACUCCAAAGAACAAUGGCAGUUUGGGCGAGAGUCGAUAACAUAUAUACCACCUGGAGAAGUUGAAAAAUACCUGGGGGCGAAGGUAGAUCCAUGGUGUGGGAUCUCGAUAGAAGACCUGAGGUCAAAAUUAGGAACAUGGUUUGAUAAGUUAAAAAGAAAAAAACUCAAACCAAUGCAAAAGGCUG